AUGGCGUGCCGCGUGUCGACACCGUAGCCCUAAAACCCUGGUUAAGCCCAAAACCCUAGUCAAUUUUGAACCUGUAACCAAACGCAUCUCCUUCUACAUCAACUGAAAGUGAACAUCGGAAAACCUCUUUAGCUUCCAGAAAGAGCAACGCAAUUUUGAUUUGAUCACGAUGAGAAGAGUUAAUGGACUCGUAACUGUGAUUCGAACUGUUGCUGCCGCCUCCGCUGCGGGCACGACGGCUCGGCAUCGGGUGUUUCAAGCCGCAAUGAUGAGCACAUGCGCAAGUACGAAUUCCUCUCAGAGAAUUGCCGAUCGUUUUGGAAUAUCAAGCCCCUCUGUUGCGCAUGGUGUCGCAGGGACCAUGUUCUUCUCUGUUGCCGCAUCAUCUCUGGAGCAAGAGGUCCACGCGAAGGAGGCACCACCUGCCGAGAAGUUUCUCCCUAAGGAUGUCGUCCUCUAUCAGUACGAAGCUUGUCCUUUCUGCAACAAGGUUAAAGCAUUCUUGGAUUAUUACAGUAUUCCAUACAAAAUAGUGGAAGUCAACCCAAUCAGUAAGAAGGAGAUAAAGUGGUCCAAUUACAAGAAGGUGCCUAUACUAACAGUUGAUGGAGAACAGAUGGUUGAUUCUUCAGAUAUAAUUAACAAGCUGUUCCAAAGGAUUUAUCCAGAUGAUUCAAUCCCAAGUGAUGAUGAAGAAAGCAAAUGGCAGGGGUGGGUGGAUAACCACCUAGUGCAUGUUUUAUCACCAAACAUUUACCGAACAACCUCUGAAGCUCUUGAAUCAUUUGACUACAUCACUACACAUGGCAAUUUCAGCUUCACAGAGAGGCUGGUAGCCAAGUAUGCUGGAGCUGCAGCAAUGUACUUUGUGUCGAAGAAACUGAAGAAGAGACAUAACAUCACUGAUGAACGUGCAGCCUUAUAUGAAGCUGCGGAAACAUGGGUAAAUGCCUUGAAGGGUCGAGAAUAUCUAGGUGGCUCAAAGCCUAAUUUAGCUGAUCUUGCCGUCUUUGGUGUGCUAAGGCCCAUUCGCCAUCUGAAGUCUGGUAAAGAUAUGGUGGAGCAUACACAUAUUGGUGAAUGGUACUCUCGGAUGGAACAGGCAGUUGGAGAACCUGCCAGAAUUAAGGCAUGAAACAACAUAAUGAUUUUGUUGGUUGAUUCAAAUUUGCAAUGUAAUUCAGCCUCGACGUAAAUGGAAUUCUUCUUAGCUGGACGUGGACAUCCUAUCAAAUUUCAUCAAGUAAAUCAUAUUAGUUACUUUUUUUUUCCUCGUACAAACGAACUGUAUAUCUGGACAAUCAAGUCUAGUUAUGUUUUUAUUAUUGAUAAUAAUUUCCCUUUUUCUUGAUGACUA